CUACGAGAGUACCAAAUAUAAAUACAAUUUGCAAUGAGUUACAUUAUACUGGUAUCAAUGUUAUAAUUCGAUAGGCUCAACCUAAAAGAUUGUAGAAAUUAACGAGUCACCACUUACUGUACAGGGAACCUUAUUCAGCGUAAAUGUACGGAAUGCCUAUUAAAAAGAAUGUAAUAUUCAAACAUAGAAUGCAUAUUAAAUAGCACAAUUUUAUUUGUUUUCUAUCCCAUUAUAGUCAGCAUAUUACUCAGUUUCGGAUUGAUUGUAAGUCUGAACUAAUUGCUAUAUUACAUCAAAAACCGGAUAUCUUGUGGAGAAGCUUUAUAAUGGAGUAAAUCUGGAAAAAAACAUUAUUUUGAUGAAUCAGCAUAAACUCGGUAUAAAUAUCAGCAUAAAAGUUAUUUCUCCUUGUAAAAGAGCUCGGAGAAAACAGCAAGAUGGUUUUCGAGUCUCUUGUUGUUGAUUUGAUGAAUAAGUAUUUGAGUGCGUACAUUGAAAAUCUUGAUGCUUCUCAGCUUAAACUUGGAAUCUGGGGUGGCGAUGCCGUACUUGAGAAUUUACACGUCAAAGGGGAUGCACUCAAGGACUUGGAUCUCCCAGUGACAAUAAAGUCUGGGUUUAUCGGAAAAUUAACAUUGAAAAUUCCAUGGAAAAAUUUAUAUAAGGAUGCAGUUGAAGCUACUCUGGAUGGCUUGUAUAUUCUCGCUGUUCCAAAUAACAGUAUCCAGUACGAUGAUAAAAAGGAAAACGAAAAAGCUGAAAAGGAAAAACAAGAACAACUCAAACAAAUUGAAGAACAAUUAGCAAAAAAGUUGGAAAAAAAAGAUACUGCACCAAAACAGGAUGGUUUUGUCGAGAAAUUAGCAACGCAAGUUAUCAAAAAUAUCCAAGUUUCAGUGAAAAAUAUUCAUGUUCGUUAUGAGGAUGAUGUAACAAUUCCCGGACAACCUUUUGCCCUUGGUGUGACCUUGAAUAGUCUUGCAUUGCAAACUACCAAUGAAGAUUGGGUUCCUACUCUUUUGGAUGAAAGUGUCAAAAUCAUUUUUAAAAUGGUCAGUCUCAAUUCUCUCGCUGUUUACUGGAAUUCGAAGCCUAAGUUGCUGUAUUCAAAAGCAAAUAGAGAGGAGCAGUUAGCAGAAUUUAAAUCUACAAUUGCGGCUGAAGGGUUCAUGCCGAAACAUUUUACUUAUAUUAUCAAACCUAUGACAUUAGAAACAAAACUACGUCUAAACCCACAUCCUGAAAAUGAUCUGUCAAUGCCAAAAAUUUUACUUUCUGUUGUUUUGCAAGAAUUGGGUCUGCACUUAUCUGAUAUUCAAUUUCAAAGCUUAAUGGAACUUGUGGAAUCUAUGGAUCGAAUGUCCGUCAAUGCACCUUUCAGGAAAUAUCACCCAGGAGUGAGUGUGAAAGGAAAUGCAAAAGCUUGGUGGAAAUAUGCUUAUAACAGUGUUCUUGAGGCAGGCGUGACACGAAAAAUGACUAUGUUUUCAUGGAAUCAUAUCAAGGAGCAUAAAAGAAAAGUCAAAGCAUAUAAAAAGCUAUAUAAAGAGAAAUUGAAACAGAAAAAACCACAAAAAGAUUUGCUUGAUAGUCUUGUUAAAAUGGAAAAUGAGCUUGAUGUUUUCAAUAUCACUCUAGCGCGACAAAGUGCAGAGGUUGAAAUGGUAAAAAGUGGUGUUGCAAUUAAAAGCAAGAAGAGUGGGCACCAGAAAGAGGAGGAGUCAUCUUGGUUUGGAGGAUGGUUUGGCGGCAGCAAGAAAAAACAACCGGAAAAGGACAAAGAAGGGAAAGAGGGGAAUACCAUAGAUACUCUCAUGGAUGGGAAUGAAAAACAAUUGUUUUACGAGGCGAUUGGUUACUCUGAAGGUGAAGGCCCGAUUGAGAAGAAAUUCCCGAAAGAAUAUGUUGAGAUUAAUGUCGGUGUCGACUUGAAUUUGGUUUCUGUACAUCUGGAAGAUUACAAGAAUUUAUCUGGUGCAUCAUUACUUAGUUUGGGAGUGAAGGAUAUCAAAACAACUUUCAAAAUGCGACCAACUAUGGAUGCUAUAUCAGUAGAGGUAGAAAUGAAAGAUUUUUCUGUUGAUGGAUUAGAACAAGAUGGUCUUGUUCCCCAUAUCGUUGCUUCUGAUUUGACGUCGGAAGCAAACGCUCCGUUAUCAGCAAAUAAAUUAAAUCUUCUUGCUGUCAAGUUCGAAACGAAUCCUCUGGAUGAAUCAUGUGACCAGCGCGUUGAUGUUAAAUCUCGUCCGUUGUGUAUUACUUACGAUGCCGCGACUAUAAAUAACUUGAUCGAGUUUUUCAAACCACCAGAAGAUGUGCAACUGCAACAAAUUAGAGCUGCUGCCUUUGCAGCUUAUGAAGAUUUACGCGAGCAAACUGCCACAGGCUUGAAACAUGCGAUGGCUACUCGUAAAAUCACAGAUAUUAGCGUAAAUAUCAUGUCAUCGUAUGUUGUUGUUCCGAAAAAUGGACGAUACGUCGACGGAUGUGAGGUUCUUGUGUUGGACUUGGGUGAAAUCGGACUCAAGACUCUCAACGAAGGACAAACCCCAGCUUUGAAAUCAUCCUUCUUCAAUGACGAUUCUGACUUGACAAAAAUGCGCUCAGCUGCGUAUGACAAGUUUUUAAUCGAGGUUAAAAAGAUACAACUCUUGUUAGCAGGCCGUGACGAAAAUUGGAGUUUCAAUCGUACUUUGGAAAAAUCACCUCUGCAUAUUCUGGAACCUCUGAAUGUGAGCUUGUUAUUACAGAAAUGUGUGAUGGAAAAUGACGCCAGUUUGCCGAAGCUAAAAGUAGAAGGUGAAUUGCCGCUUUUAUCUUUGAAAAUGUCUGAUGUGAAGCUCCAUAAUGUUCUGGAUCUGGCAACUAGUAUUCCUUUGCCUCCUCCUGGCCCUGAAGCUGAGGCAUUUUUAGUUGAGUACGAUAAUUUUGCGCUCGGAGACUCAGUGUCGAAAAGUGACAUGAAAAAUAUGGAUAAUGUUUUUGGAGAGCAGUACUCCUCGAAUAGAUCUUUAAACUCGUCAGUGACAUCUUCUGAGGAGUUUUUCACUGCGGAAUCAGACGUCAGUGAUAUUGAUGAAGUAACAGCCGAAAAAAUGAAGAAAAAGCGACUUUCCAAACAGAUGUCACUGGAAAGUAAAGAACAGCUUACUGAUGUACAAGCAUCUUUCAUUAUCAGUAAAAUAUCAAUUGGAAUAUUGCAACAUUCUCCAUCAGGAGAUAAGGAAAUAUUGCAACUUGCGAUUGCAAAUUUUGGUGCAAGCGCUACAGUGCGCACGUGGGAUACAAAAGUAAAUGCAUAUCUUGAGUCCAUAAGAAUGGAAUACAUGCAAGGGAGGUUACCAGAUGGAAGCCCUAUGUAUAUUUUAAAUACACCAGGAUUGGAACACAACUCAAAAUUGUUAGAUGUUAAUAUCUUGAUUGCAAAACGAAUCGCUCCUGACUUUGCUACGACUUAUGAAAACACAGAACAGAAAUUGGAUAUUAAAUUCAGUGUUCUGGAGAUAAACGCUAAUUCUAAAGCUUUGUUGGAAAUAAAAGCAUUUGCGGAGAAGCUUGUCCCAUCACCCAAAGAAGUACCAGAUGCUCCCGAAACUAUAGUAACUCCCGAUGACUCAAAGUCUACUGUUACGCUUGUGACGCCAAUGGAAUCUGCCACAAAUUUUGGUGCGAUUGGCACGGGUGGUUCAAGCGGCUCAGAUGGUUCCCCAACUACUAAAAAGAAAAGAAAAAAGAAAAAAACUAAAAAGAAAAAGGUUGUUAAAGAAAGUGAGAUAAUCAACAUGAAAUUGCAAGCAAAUUUGAGAACUUUUGCUAUAAAUUUAUCAGAUGAAAAACGACAAAUCGCAAGCGUUGCCAUUGAAGGAAUUGAAGCAUCUGUUUCGCUUUUGCCAUCUCGAGUAUGCAUAGAAGCAAAACUUCACAAUCUUCUUGUUAUUGAUCCGUUAGAAGAAUCACUUUAUCACCAUAUUGUCAGCGCGGAAGGUGAAGACGUCUUUAAUGCUGACAUUGUGAAUUAUAAUAAUGCAACUGCUGGCGAUGGCUAUUCUGAUAUGGAAAAAGUAGACACAAGCGUAAAAGUCAAAUUAGGUUCACUGAGAGUUGUGUUUGUCAAACGAUUUGUCGAUACGAUGAUUAAAUUUGCGGAAAAUUUCCAAGAUGUCAAGGAAGUUGCAAUGGAAGCUGGAGAAGCGGCACAAAAAGCUGCAUCAAAAAGUAUGAUGAAACUUGUUGAACGCAACCCUCGAAUUAAACUGGAUGUUGUUCUUUCUGUCCCGAAGAUACACAUACCAAGAAAUUCAAAAUCUUUAGAAGUUGUCGCUGCUGAUCUUGGUAACGUCAAACUUUCAAAUUAUUUUACAAUAAUCGGAUCGGAAGAAAGUGAAACUCCAGCAGUGUGUGAGAAUAUGAAAGUCGAGGUCACGGACAUAAAAGUCGCUUUAUGCCAAUUGAACGAUGUCAAGGCUGUAACCUCAGAAUACCAAAUUUUAGAGCCUGUAUCUGCUUCUAUAGACCUGAAAAGAAAUUUGGCGGCUUCUUGGUUUCAUGAUGCCCCUGAUAUUUCUUUAACUGGUUCAAUGCAGGAUAUUAAUGUAAAAAUAAGUGCUGCAGAUAUGAUUGGCAUUAUGGGAACAUUGAAUGAAAAUUUGACUGAAAUGGUUGAUGUGCCUCCACCGGCAGAAAUUAUCGACGAUGAUGUCAUUGUUCCGGUGGAAAAAAGCGAGGAAACCGCCGCACUGGGUGAAAAAGGAAUGAUAGCAGAACGCUCUGAUGUUGAUAUCUCACCUGGUGCAGUUUGGGAUAAAGUUGUCCUUGCCUUUGACUUGCCGAAAAUCAAAAUAAACCUGUAUAAUGAUCAACAAAGGGAACACUCCCUGGCAGAAUUUGUCAUUACGACUUUAGGUUUGAACUUACGAAUGGGCUCUGACGAAUCUAUGGAUCUUAAUGUACGCUUGGGAGAUAUCACUCUUGAAGAUAUGCGCUCCACUCAUCAAGCUGGCAUCACGAAACAUAUAACUCGGAAAUUAAACAGACAACAAUCACCCGAAACUUAUAAAUACGUCGUUCAUGCUAAUCUUGUGCAGAAAGCUGAUGGAUCUAUGAAUAUUGAUGCUACUAUCGGUAGUUUACAGAUCAUUUUAUGCUUGGAAUUUAUUUUGAAAAUUACAAAUUUCUUUCUUGAUGCUUUGCCGAAAGAUACUGCAUCUAAGCAGCCUGUUACUGAAGUAGCCAUUGAGGAAACUAUAAAGAAAGCUGAAAGCAAAGAGUCUCUACUUUCUGAGGCAACAACUGUUGUACCACGGCCACAUGAACCUGAAACUUCAGAUGGAAAAUCAAAGGCAAUUCAUAUUGCUUUCAAACUCUACCAGCCAGAUAUUAUACUUGUUACUGACAUUACUUCUAGUAACUGCCAAGCACUUGUACUGAGCAUGCGUCUUGAUGCAAAAGUGGACAUAAGUGAAAGCGGCAGAGAGCAGAAACUGUCAGGUGCAGUUUCUAGCUUACAACUUAUUUGCUGUCCGUUUACUGCUAUACAGAAUAUCACAGAUGAGUAUAAAAAAGUAAUUGCGCCGUGUGAUAUUAACGUAAAUGCAUUGAUAUCAGACACUGUUCAGGAAUUCAGCGUUGUCAUAACAAAGAUUCAAAUAACGGCAACUCCAAUGGUGAUUACUACGAUUGCCGAGGCAGUUGCAGUCUUAUCGACUGAAAGCAAAUCUGAAACUUCGCUCAGAGUUGCUUCAACACAAGCGAAAAUCGAUAUCUGGGAUACAAAGAAAAUUGCUGACAUGCAUUUUUGGUUUAUUGAAAGUCCUGAAGAUGAGCUGAAGACUAAGCGAUUAUCUGCCAUGUUAGACAAAGUUGGAACCGGAGAGAAAAAGAUGUCAGAGAUGUUGAAACUCUCCGUGCCGAACAUUAUGAUUCAACUUGAAAGUGGGCAAGGCCAACACACGGUACCUCUGCUUAUUACAGAGCUGAAAGUGAAUGGAGAGGUCAAAAAUUGGAGUGGAGGUCAAAUGGAAGGCAAUUUUAAACUUGCACUUGGCGUUGUGUAUUUCAAUGAAUCGUUAUCUGUGUGGGAACCUUUGGUUGAACCAGUAGAGUCGAAUCCUGGAGGAUUUGAUUCUAAAUAUGAAUUAUGGAUGGUAGAGGCUAACAUUCAACAAAACGCAGCUGAUGAAAAUAGAAGAUUAGAUUCUGUUACUUCAAAUUCAAUUGAAGAAGAUUUGCCACCACUUAUGUCAGUGUCUGUUACAUCCGGUAAAAUAUUGCACACAACCAUUACUAACGAUGCUUUGAAAGUAAUUAACAGUCUCGCGAGAGCUUUCAGUGACGCUGCCAUGACCAAAAGCGAAAAGAAAAAGAACAAAAAAGGGAUGGAAGAAGUGGAUGGAAUUGCAGAUCAUAUUUCAGGCGAAGCAAAAAUACAUAACAUGUUAAACCAACCUUUGAAUAUUAGUCUAGGUUCGGAUCUUAAAGUUGUAGCUCAAGGGGGAUCUAACAAAACUAACGAUAUCUAUACCCUCGAAUACAAGGGUUUCCUGGCUGUUGAUUUCAAAGAAGAUGAUAAUUUAGGAGUCUGGGAGUUGCUGUCUAGUCAAGAAAGAUCGCGAGAAAGCGAUGGGGCUGAAAUUCGCAUCGCUAUACCCGGAAGCGGCGAAUCAGCCAUUUUUGAUAUUUCCAAAACCGGAACAAAAAUGCAUACACUCAAACAUGAACAAAAGAGUGUUAAUGUUGUCUGCUUGGUUGAAAGUAAUGGAGGAAUACGUACAGUUACUCUACGAUCUCCUCUUGUAAUAAACAAUCACAUUUCUAUCCCUGUACAAAUCCUAAAUGCCAGUGACGAACUCAUAGGUGAAAUUGCACCGGAAGACACCUUCCCGCUACCUACAAAAUUCACUGAAGGAGAGAAACUUUUUAUCCAACCAUACCAUUCAAGUGUCAGCGUCAAAAAGGCUGAAAUUGAUUGGAAAAAGUUGGCAAACAUGGAUGAAUUUUCUCUUGAGACUGUAAUUAAGUGUGAACCCGGGUAUCCAAAUGGAAAUGGGGUUAAUCUAAACAUAGAAGUCGUGAGCGAGCAAGUCGCUUCAAAACAUGAAAACGAUACUUGUUAUGAAAUUCAUGUUCGUCCGAUUGCUUUGUUUCGCAAUUAUUUACCCUACGAUAUUGAAUACUGCAUUGCUAGUCGGCUUGCUAAUGAAAAACCAGGAGAAUUCAAACCGCUUACUGCGGGCCAUGGAAAUCAAGUUUAUAAUGCAGAAUUGAAGCAUUCUACGGUUAAAGUGAAAAUUCAAUAUUUGGAUAAAACCUGGACUGGUGAGGUGAUAUUGGAACCAGAUUUGCCUGAAUUAUCUGUUUGGACUUUUAAAGAUGAUCAAGGCAAUUAUAUGGUUCUUGGAAAACAAGUUACCUACACAGAUGGUUAUAUGAAAAUGACUCUUUACUCCCCCUACUGGAUGGUUAACGAGACUGGUUUUCCGCUAGAUUACAAAGCUGGCGAAGAUAACAUAUCCCAACAUCCAGAAGAAAAACAGGAUUUCAUUCUCUUCUCUUUCACGUCAAAAUCAUUUUUGCAGAAGAAUAAACUCCAGCUCAGAGUCUGUAAUUCCAAUUUCAGUGACAGCUUUUCUAUUGAUGCUGUUGGCAGUAACGGCACCAUCACAUGCAAAACUAAAACAUUCAACUAUAUAAUUGGCACAAAGAUUACUUUGACAAGCUUUGGAUUGACGAAAAUUGUUACUUUUAGCAGUUACUAUACAAUUAUGAAUAAAUCUUCACACAAUUUGGAAAUUUUUGAAGUCGGGAAUGACACAGGAACUCCAGUUGUGCUAAAUUCGCAAAGCAAAUGCUUUUUUUGGCCAGAGUCGAAAACUGACCAGAUACACUUAAGACUCAAAGGGAAUAGUGAAAGCGUCUCUACAAAAAUUCGAUAUUCCAAACUUGACAGUGGAGUUUUGGUUAAAGUUGGAGAAAUUCCACUUUUUAUUGAUAUUUCUGUUACAGAAUCUUCUGUGACAGUGACAAUUAAGAAUUACUAUGUUGGUUCGUCUGCUGUGCUGCUUGUAAACGACACUAACAAUCUUAACAUAGGUUACAGUCAAGUAAAGGGCGUCGCAAAAACUGCUUUAACAUCUGGAAAUGUCGAUCAUUACUUAUGGCCAGAACCGACAUCAAAACGUGAAAUCACUUGGAAGAUACAGGAAGGUGGUAAAGAAAUUACUCAUGGUGUUGUUCAUGAGAUUGCUGGAGAAAUGAAAUUUAAAAUUGAUGGUAAAGAGAGAGUCGUAUACUACGCUGUAUUUAUUGAUGGAUUACAACGAGUACUGCUUUUUACUGAGAACAAAAAAUGUGCGGAUGCUGUUGAACAAGGUCUUGGCACUGAGCAAGCGAACAUGGAAGUAAAUGUUUCGCUACAAGGUCUUUCAUGCUCUAUCACAGAUACAAAAGCAAAACGUGAAGUCAUGUAUAUGGCAAUCACAAGCUCUGGUAUAGUGUGGGAGGAAAAGCCUAAAAAACGUUGGACUGCUUUGCCAUUGAAGUAUGGAACAGUUUUAGAACAAAAUUAUCAAAAAACAAAUCAAACUAUAAACAUCGUUGAGCAUGAUAAAUAUGAGUUUGACAUGUCAAAAAUGAGAGUUGUGAAACCGCACAAAGCCGAACUUAGACGAUUCUUCGCUCCUGGAAUAUGGCUUCAAUAUACAGUUAGUGACCACCAAGUAAUGGUUCAUGCGAAAAUCAACCGAGUUCAAGUUGAUAACCAGUUAUCUGCAGCAGUGUUCCCCGUCGUUUUAAAUCCAAUUCCGCUCCCAAAAACGAUUGCCAUUGAUAGCAGUCCAAAGCCGUUUGUUGAAGUUAGUUUGAUGCAGCGAACAAGUGAACACCAAACUUUUACACACAUCAAAUAUUUUAAAGUUCUUGUGCAGGAAUUUAGUGUUAAAUUGGACAUGGGAUUUAUCUCAGCAUUAUUACCUGUCUUUGGUGCUGACGAGGUGAAGUCAACACCGCAAAGAGAUUUGAAAUAUUUCAACUAUGACAUCACAAAUGCAAAGAAAAUUGAAGACCAAUCAGAAGACGUUAUGGCUGAUGAUUCUGGAAUUGCCUUUUAUGAUGUUUUGCAUCUAUCACCAAUCAAAGUACAUGUUUCAUUUUCAAUGCAAAAUACAUCUGGUGGGGAAGGAGACCAACAAACUAAUGUUGUUGUUCUACCGUUUAACGCUCUUGCUGUUGUGCUUAAAUCUGUUGGGGUGACGGUAUCUGAUAUCGAUGAUGUUGUAUUCAAACUAGGAUAUUUUGAACGGCAAUAUCAGUUUUUCAAUUCUGUGCAAUUCCAGAGCGCAAUCACAAUGCAUUAUGCUGGACAGGCUAUUAAACAAUUAUAUGUUCUUGUAUUUGGUCUUGAUGUUAUUGGAAAUCCAUAUGGUCUUGUGAUGGGAAUUGCAGAAGGGGUGACUGACCUAUUUUAUGAGCCGUACCAGGGUAUGAUACAAGGACCAGGAGAGUUUGCAGAGGGUCUAGCUCUUGGGGCAAUGAGCCUUUUGGGGCAUACUGUCGGAGGGGCUGCAGGUGCGGUAUCGAGAGUCACUGGCGCACUUGGGAAAGGAGUUGCCUCUCUUACUAUGGAUGAUGAGUACAAGAAGAAACGACAAAUGCAGAAAAACAAGCCGACAGAUUUGAAAGAAGGUCUUGCUCGUGGUGGUAAAGGAUUUGUGAUGGGGUUCGUUGGCGGUGUUACUGGGGUUGUUACAAAACCCAUGGAAGGGGCUAAAAAGGAGGGGGCAGCCGGUUUCUUCAAGGGAAUGGGAAAAGGUCUUGUUGGAAUUGUAGCUCGUCCUGCGAGUGGGAUUAUCGAUCUUGCAAGUAAUACAUUUGAAGGAAUUCAAAAACUAGCGGAUAUGAGUGAGGAUGUCAAACGUAUGCGACCUGCGAGAUGGAUCAAUGAAGACACAGGUAUAUUGCAACCUUAUAAGUUGAAGAAGGCACAAGGGAAAGCAAUUCUUCUAGAUGUUGAAAAAGGAAAAUUCGCAGAAGGUGCGAAAUACAUUGAACACGCUUCUAUGGAUAAAGAUAAUAAAUCGUUCUUGCUUUUGACUGACAAGGCGAUCAUUGAAGUUCAUUGCGGUGAAAUAUUUGGGCAAUGGAACAGUGCUUGGCAUUUUCUUUACGCCGAUAUCGUCGAAGAGCCGCACAUGGCAAAAGAAGGCAUUAAGAUAGUCGGCGCAAAAACGAAGAAACUGUUCGGGUCAAAAUCACCUCACAGAAUUGUCACUUUCCACAAUGAAGAAUAUGCCAAAGUUAUUCUGGAUAAAAUGCGACGUGACUGGAACGCUGCUCAAAAAGGGAAGAAGGAUACACCACCUCAGAGAGAAAGAAUGAGCUUCAGAUAUUCAUCCAUGAGGCAACAUUUCGGUUGAAGUUGCCAUCCAUGCUUCACUUCAUACACUGAUCGCCUGUGAUAUUGUUGUGUGUUCACGACUUUUUGAGCUAUUUUUAAUUUAGAGUGUGUUAAUUAUUACCUGAAUAUAUAGCUGCCAAAACAUUUUUUAGUACACCCAACUGGGGAAAGCCAUUUAGGGAACCUGGCACUUGACCAUACCUAUUCAAACCUAUCAUUUAGUAGAAUUUUUGUUCUUCAUUCAAUUUUUUUUCUCAUAAACGGUUAUGUACAUUGACUGCUCUUUCAAUCCUUGAGGGAAGUGAAUUUGAAAUAUUUUCCUAAUUUUCAAAUAAUUCCAUUUUAAGUAUCUAUUCAGUUCCUUUCUUGCAACUAAUAAGAUGUAAUUGUAGUUAUGCCUUAUAUAAUUUGCCUGUUUCUGUUUUGUUGACAUUGGUAUUAAAGUAUAUAUAAACAGUAUUUACAUCUGUGUUGAAAAUUAUACUAUCCUGAAUAUUUUCCUGAUCUAAUAUGUACUAGAGUUCCACCUUUCAAUUGCCAUGCAUCAUUCUGCUUUUGUGAGAACUUUUUUUUUUCUUGGUGGAACGAAAAAAUAUUGCUCUCGGAAGUUGUCAUUUCAAUGGCGUUAUUUUCCGGGAAAAACAGUUUCAUGAAUUAUAAUGAAAUUUGAAUAUGUACUCACUAGUAAUUAGAACCAAAGAAAUCUUAUAAGAGCUGUUGAUUUUAGUUAACAAGAGAUUGCUCAGAAAUGGCCUUUUCCUUGUAAAAUUGUUCCCACUUCGAAGAUCCCUGUGAUAUUGUAUAUUGCUUAUGUAUAUCUGCGUGUUCCUGAUUAAAUUGUGCAAUUUUUUUUUUAUUUGUUCUGAUUCUCAGCAAUGCUCAAAUUUACACACAAUUGGGAUGGGAACAUUCACUUACAAAUUCUAUUAUUAUUGAUUUUGAUAUUGUUUGACUUUUUGUGUUGAUUAAGAAUUUUACCAUUUCCAAGUUGUCUUUGGAAUGUAGCAUCUUCAAUACUCUAAAAGUUUGACUCCAGGCAUUCGAAGCCAUAGUGAAUUUUAACCCUUGCUCAAUCGAAUUGUGCUCAUAUUCUUACGAUAUCUAUACGUACAUCAAGGGCUUUGGGUUAUUUACUUAGAUUGCAACCAUAAGCAUGUUAUAAAUAAUCACUCGUUAUCAUAAUCGUACUAAAAGUUUGAUCAAAAAAUAAUGCAUGCUCAUUGUAAUGUUUUCAUGAUUGUUCCGUUCAAUAUAAUAUUAACUAGAACAAAA